UUAUUUGAUUUCGGAAAUGUGUUAUACAAUUUGGAAAACCUCUUCUAGCUCUCUCAUAAUAAUUAUUAUUGUUAUUUUUAUUAUAAGUAUUGCUUUCAAAUAUGAGUGGCCUUUCUGGACAUCUGUUUGUGACCACAUUGGAAUUGUGGUAAGUGCUGUCCAGAUCACUCUAAAAUGUUAACAAAUAAGAUAAAGAACAGCUAAUCACAUAUUCAUUCCCUCCUCUUUUGUAAAUUAAGAUGCAAAAAGUCUUAUUCUGUUUAAACAAUUCAUUUUAAUUAAUUUUUUUAAUAUAGAUGCUAGCAAUAAUAUGGAUGUUUGCUGCAAGUGUGGUGAGGAGGCAGGAGGAGGCCACCGAUGCUCAGUGUGUAAAAAACCUGUCCAUGCGAUUGAACCAUGCUCGGUGGGUGCACCACACAGUGAAGAGGGUUACGGCCAGCCGAGGAUUUGUGGAUGUUGCAGUGGAGGAAACAAAAGAACGUCUGAUGCGUCCCUAAGCUCUUCACAAUUUUCUUGUUUGCCUUGCCUUCUGGGUAAGGCACCGAUCGAAAAAUUAGAAUGUUCAGUGUGUGGAAAGCAAUUGCAUGACACAGUUGAGUGCUGUCGGAUAGAAGAUGGAGAGCGAUUUUGCAGGGACUGCUCCAAAGGAACCACCCCGUCUAAGGUGUCAAGGAAGGGCAGAAGCCUUAUAAAGAAAAAACUAUUUUCACCUCAGUAAAUUUAUCUUUUGGUGGGUGAGUUUUUCUGCAGCCUCAAAUGGGAAACUUUUGGAAUAGGUUUUCAAAAUCUACCUUGUACCUCUUUGUUACGUCAUGUCAUUUCUUACAUAAUUUGACAUUGAACUUGUUCCUACCUUUUUAAUUAUUAAUAUGUAUGUUCACUUUUAAUUUACCUGAGAUUUGUUUAUCUUAUUAUAAAGUAUGUUCACUAUUACUUUACCUGAGAUUUGUUUAUCAUUGUAUCUCUGUAUUCAGUAUGUGCCUCUUAAAUUCGUUAACACCUUAGUAAAUUUAUGUUUUGGUAGACGAGGUUCUGUGUAGCCUCAAAUUUUGUAGGCACUGUAAUCGGAAACUUUUUGAAUAGGUUUUCAAAAUCUACCUUGCAUCUCUGUGUAAUGUCAUGUCAUUUCUUACAUUUUGUAAAUUAUUUUACAUUGAAUUUGUUCCUCCUUUUUUUAAUUCACUUUUUAGUGUAAUUUUAAAUAACUUUUUAAUUAGUAUGAAGUAUGUGCACUUUUAUUUUACCUGAGAUUUGUUUAUCUUUGUAUCUCUGUAUUAAGUAUGUGCCUUUUAAAUUCUUUUCAUUAAAUAUUUAAAAGUGAAUCUCUGGUUUUUUUUUUAGCAUUUUUCCAACCCAACCUUUCACCAAGUAAUCGUUUGCAUCAUAAAUUAAUUAAGUUUUUUUAAGAUCUGAUAAUAUUGUUAGGGGUUGCAGUUCCACUCUCCCCCUGCUGUAGUGCGAAUAACGGUUGCUUUAUCACUCGCACGACUUGUGCCCCUUGCUGACGUGUUGUUGUUCGCACGAUUUUUAUAAUAUAUUAUAUAACUCGUCGUGCGAAUAACGAAAUCACCCUUAUUCGCACGACGAGUGCAUGCUAAACCCAUUUCCUUAUUCGCCCUCCUCGUGCGAAUAUCCACU